GUUUGUUUUUAUAACUUAUCUGCGGUAUGAGCGUUUUUAACUGUUGUUAUAUGCUUUCAAUGUCUGAGGAUGAUAAAUGUUUAUGACAAAAGCCCUAGUUACCGCACUUCUUUUCGAGCUGCCGACUUUUAUUCCCUUUUAUCAGCUUAUGAUGAAACAGUUAGUAGAAACCUUGGGAUAUCUCAUAGUAGUCAAGAUGAUGUAAAGAAAUCAUUCGUUUUUCAAGGAAAAGUAAAAAACCCUAGAAAGAACAAGGAUGAAGGAUCCUUUUCAAAAGAGAUCAGUAGUUCUGACUAUCAUAAACCCAAAACGCUUCAACAUUUAUUAGUAAACAACGAUGUUAAAGAGUAUUCGAAACAUAAUCCUAUAAUUUUUAAUGACCUUUGCCAACAAAGUCUAACAGGAUUUAGUUGUUCACUUCCACAGGCACUGGAGAAAAUUAGUUCUGACAUACAUAAUACAAAGUUUUGGACUGAUUUACAGACAAACAACAGUUUAAGUAUAAACAAAGACUCGCCAAAAUUUUCAAAUAAACAUCAAGUAAAAUUGUUAGACCAUUUAGAAAGUACAAGGGGGUCUAAUAUAGUAGUCAGACAAGUUGACGCGACUGCUGAAACGAUGACUAUUGGAUUACCUAACUGUCGAGCUUUACCAUCCGUCCAGAAAACACCUAGGAUAAUACGUGCAAGGAUAUUUUUUAAUCAAAUAAAAACUGGGUUAAAGGAACAUAUUGAAUGGCAUACAACCCAAUUACAACAAGCAGAAUUAGACCAAGAUGUAAUAUCAGCUAAUAAGGCAUUAGAAAAUGUCAAUCAAUUACAGCAUAGGUUGAAUACAAUUCGUUGUCUUGAACAUGAAUAUAUGAAACAUUGGAAGCUAUACAGAGAAAUCCGAGCACGUUCACAAGGUGAAUUUUAUUGUGAUCAAGUUAACAGUGGUAGUAGUGGAAGUGGCAAAAGUGGUGAAGAAAGUAUUCAGUUAAGUCAGUGUUCAACAAAUAUGAACAAUUCAUCACUUUUAUCUAAAAAUAAACUAAGCAAAUCAACAUUAGCUUUAACUGGAUUUAAUGGAUCAGAUCAUAUUCAACCAUCAACUACCACUGUCAAUACAACUAAUCCCUUUCAAAAUCAUUCUCACCAUAAUAAUAAUAGCAUUUGCGACACAACAAAUUAUUUACCAACCAUAAUAGAAAAACGUCCAAAAUAUUCUUCCUUAUUGAAUUUAAUACGACAUAAAUCAAAGAAAACGACAAAUAAUUAUUUAUUACAAAAUGAAAAUCGUCCACGUGCUGCUACAACAGCAUCACCUGUAACAACAACUGCGGUAGAUCAGAAGCAUUCAUUCUUACACUUGAAUAGAUCAAGUAAUUUAGAUUUAACAACAACUCAUAUACCAUUGAAAAAAUCUGCUACUCUAUUAACUCAUAACAAUAAUAGCCAUUACAAUAAGGGGUUAAGUAAAUCCAGGAGUAGUGCACGUGAUUUAGUAACUAAUGAUGCUAGUUUUAAACAGCAACAAGAAGUUUUAUUGAAACGUUUAUGUCAAAUAGAAGCUCAAACAGAAUAUUUAUCUGGUACACUGAUAUGCGAAGUGAUUGGAGUCAGUGGCUCAGUCUCCUCGUUAUCAAAAGAUGUUUUCAGGAUAUCACUUAAAUAUGAUACACCAGUGUUGUCUUCAAUAUAUGAACUAAAAAGUGAUAAGGAAUUGCCAGAUGUUGAACCACUGUAUACAUCAACUGUUCCUUUAAACCAGAAAGGUGGUUCAAAUGAUAAAUGGACAAUUACUGGUCGUCUCUUUUCUUCUUCAUCACUUUCUCCCUCCUCUUCUGCACAGAUUUCUAAUUCGUCGAAAUCGUCAGCUCACUUCCAAGCAACUUACUUAAAUGAUGUAAAUUUAAAAUUUCCUGAACAAAAAUGGGAUCAAACUAAGCAUAUUUUUAGUCCAACAAUUGGUGAUGUAUUAACAAUAAAAGUAGAUUUCAUGCGACGGUUCGGAAAACCAGAAACUCUUAUACAACAGGCAUGUGAUAUAUUAAAACUAAUCACUUUGAAAGGUCAUCAUAUAUCAGUCGGACUAAAAAAUUUCACUGAUCUCCAAUUUCAUUUUAUUCUCAAAUGGUGCCCAUUAGCUGAUACUAAAGAUGAUCGGAUGUUGUUUUACAAUUUAUCAACUAUUCAAUUAAACAAUUUCCUAGAUGAACAAAGACAAAGAACUUCAAGUGUUAAAAUGAUAUUAAAUGAAGGAGAGAUAAAUGAUUAUUCAUCACCCAAAAUGGAUUAUUCUAAUAUUAAACGAUAUCAUACAAAUUUAAUAUCAUCUGAAUUCGAUAAUAGAUAUAAUGAACCACAACAACUUCGUCAUCAUUAUCAUCAUCAUCAUCAACAACAAUUAACUAAUUUAAUAAAAACUGAGACAUGUUCCAGUGAGUUUAUUAUUCCACAAGAUAAUUCAGAUUCUAGUGAUUUAGAAAAUAAAGGAAGUGUAACAAUCCUAACAGUCCGGUCUAAUAGAAGGACCCCUAGUCGGUAUGGUGAACAGAAUAAAUGUCACUCAAAACUUCCGAAGUGGAUUUCUUUGCCAGAUCUUGAAACCCAUGAGCUGAGUGAACCAGAAUUGAUGUCACCAGAAAUCAGAAUAAUUACCGUACGUACUCAUCAGAAUCACGAAAACAGAGGUCAUCAAAAUAACUAUGUUGAUAUUGCAGACACCAACAUUAUUAAUACUACAAAUAGUCAUAAUAAUUAUUAUGAUAACAUGGACAAUCAUACCUAUAUUUCCGAAUCAAGUACACAAGACAUAGAACUAACGCAAGAAAGACAAACAGAACAACCAGUACCUAUCAACGAUAGAACAUCUGUGAAAAUCAAUACAAUACAAACAGCAGAAUCGAGAUUGUUGAUAUCAAAACCUACAAAUAACCAAUUAUCUGAACAUUUAAGUAAAUUAAAAGACAAAGUUGAUAUUAAAAUAAGAAUACAUGAUGAUCCUACAGGAUUACUCAAAGAUUUAGAUAAGGCUAUUACAAACCUUGUUAAACAAUUAGAGAACAAUUCAUAUUGGUUUAAUCAACUUUACGUUUCAAAUAAAGCUCAAAAUCCGAAAUCCAUUAUUUCUUCACCAGUAAAACCAAUGGAGAAAAAUAUUGACGAAAAAAACACUCUGAAAUCCUUAUGGGAAUCAUUGGCGUUUUUAGAUGAACCAGAAAAAUCGUUUGAUGGUUAUAUUGAAGACGGAUCAACAUCAUCUAUAUCAGGUUCUUCCCAUUCAGUUAGAGUUUUUGAAAAGACAAAUAUUUAUACAUGUGAUAGUGAUCAGAUUAUCAAAACUACAGGUUGGACGCAAUUAGAUUUAGCAUUGAUAUGGCAUUUGAACUAUACCAUACGUUUACUUGACAAAGUGUAUCCUGAUCACUUGUAUGUAAGCAGCUCACAAACAUUAUUAUCAGCUCAGUCGUCUGUUUCUGAUGUUUCUGACAAAACAAUAAACAACUAUACACACAAUGGAUCAUUGAGUUCAGUGCGUAACUCAGUUCAUUCAGCUUGGUCUACCUUGCCUUUAUUAGAGCAGGUAGAAUUCUUUAAUGAGGUUGAGAGCCUCUGUCAGGGAAUUAUUGAUGAUCUACAAACAGUUGAAUCUAACUAUUUAUUGAAAGUUUGUGGGGAUGGAAAACCAUACUCUACUUUAAGGUUUACAUGUUUUCUUUCGAAGUUAAUUUGGCCUGUAGAAAAUAAUAACACUGUAACUUUGUCAGAUGAUUUAUCUUCACCACAAAUCAUUUUUGAUCGUGAUGCAUUUCGUGAAACUUUACUAAGAUUUUAUGAAAAGGAUGUGGUUCCUAGAUGGUCGAAAGAUAUGGCUAACGGAGUAAUCGACCAUUUUAUAGAAGAUGUGUUGGACCUUCAAGUGAAUGGUUCUGAAUUAUCUACUAUUCCCCUGACCCAUUUAAAUUUACGUCUAAAACUUUCUGAAAGAAUGGAAUCCACUGUUUUAUCAAAUCGUUUAUCAGAUCAGCAUAAUCGAGAUCAAUUAAAACAGUUUAAUGUUUAUUUUAUACAACUACUUUCUUAUUUAGCUGGACAAUUAUAUAUUCAGUGGAAUCUAGAAAAUGCUUAUUCCUCCCGUACCUUGUCAACCCUACCUUAUUUCACGAGAGCAUUACAACCAAUAUUUGGAUUAAAUGUUCUAUUAAGUGAUGUAGGAGUAGAUCCAAGCUAUCUAGAACAAAUAGAAUAUGGUCUAGAUAUGAGAAGUACUGAAUUGGCUGCUUGUCAUUCCACUCAGACGUGGUUACGAGUUGCUGAACUAGUAGGAAACCAUGAUGAAGAGAUUAAUAAGAAAGCAAUUAUGUUGUUAAAAUCAAUGAAUGAAAAGAUAUAUAAAGUUUUCCAACACAUAACAAAUUUAAAACAAAAGUUGCACUUAUCAAAUGAUGUACAAAUGCUUCAGGGAACAAAUAAUCAUAUUAAUGAUUAUCAUCAAUUAAUCCAAAAGAAUAGUAGAAAUACAGUUCGACGUCCUAUUUUUUAUUUAAUGGGACCACCUAUUCAUAUUCAAUAUUGUUUGAAUAAAAAUUGCAUUAAACAAAAUUUAAAUUCAUUAUCACCAAUAUGGAUUAGUAUGAUAUGGGGUUUAGAACAAAAAUCUAAUAUUAAACGAAUAGCUGCAUUAAAAGCAUUAACUGUACUCAUAGAAUCACAGAUAAACGAAACAAUAAAAACAACACAAAAUAAUAAUGCAAAUAAUAAAAAUUGUAAACUAUGUGGAAAUACAAAUGAUUCAAUUACAAAUUCAACAUUAUUACAACUUUUAAAUAAUAUGCAUUCAAAUGAUUCGGAUCCAUUGGUGAAGAAUCUAGCUGGACAAAUUAUUGACAGAAUUACUACAAGAUCUAAUACUGAAUCACACAAUGAACAAAUAACUAAACCUACUCGUCUCCUGAAAACAAUAUGGACUAAAUUCAGUACUGCAGAAAAUUUACCCUCCAAACCGUCAUAUAUCUUUCAACGAUAAUAACUGAGAUUCACAUUAAUCUACAACCAUUUUACAGUCACUGUAUUUUCAUACAUAGUUUGUACAGCUAUUUGUUUUAGUGCUGUAUGAUAACGAAAAUUUCGACUAGGAAAUAUUUACGCCUUUAAAAUUAAGAACAAGAACUAAGAUAGAUAAAGGCAAUGAAAGGAGUUAAACCACAUUUUCGAAUAUUUGGCAUUAAAUUAUUUAAAAUUCUCUCAACAUAAUUCUGAAAAUGUAGAAAGAAGGUCUCUAUAUGACUAAGUAUUCUAAGUCUAAUUGUGAAACGGAAUAUUAAGGUGUACUUUGUAAAUAUUACAUGAUAAUAAUGAACAAAUACUUUAUCUAAACAAAGCGAGAACAAUAAGAUUUUAAGAAAAAGUGGAUUCAUCCUAUUUCAGAUUCUUUUUAUCAACUGUGAACAGCUAAAAGUUACAAUAAGUACUUUAGUUAAUAAAGUUGAAAUGUAUGUUCGAAAGCAGUGUGAACAUCGUAAUAGCAGGAAGAAGACAAAAGUUUUAACACUAAGGAUAGUAAACGUUGAUAUGCAAAAACAAAAAUUAGUUUUAUUUCUAAAUCUAUUAAAGGCACUAAAUAUAUGGAACAACUUGGUCAUUUUGAGAAUUCAAUCAGGUAUUUAUGUUAUCGGGAAACGAUAUCACCUAACAUACUGAUGAUCAUUAUUUACGUACUGACAUAUCAUCAUCGAAAUAUUACAAGAUUGAUAUAACAACUAAUUACUAAAACGUAAAAAUUUUCACCCAACUAGAGGAUUUCCCGAUUCUCCUGUAUUUAUGUAUUGAAAACUUGAGAUAGGAUUACUUAGAACUGUUUGCAGUAUCGUAUUCGUAUUCCUCAUUCUUCUACACCUUCAAAGACUAAGGAUUUGAACCUGUGGUCGUGAUACAAUCAAUAAUAGAAAUAAUUGUUAGCGUUGAGCUUGCAAUUACUUCAUUAUCACAUAAUCAAAAAUACAGUCUGAUAAAACUUGGAAAGAAAACGAGAUGUCUAAUAAAAAUAAGCAGCUAGAUGUGAAGUACACAGAUGUAGUAUGAACGUUAUUUAUUGGCAUUAAAAGUAAUUGGAAAACAAUGUGGACUUUCAAUAAUUUCGGUAGAAUAACACCAAAAACAGGUUAGACAGUAAGCCAAAUGUAUCUAAUGUACUUUGCCUCUGUGUAUUACAAAUAACUAGUGAAUAAGAAUACAGUAGAAUACUUAUUUCUAUGUUCUACAUAAUAGGAAUAAAACUUGGUUUAAGAAUUGCGUAUCAGUCUAUUCAAUACAAAAAGUCUGCUAAGUCCGCACCUUCGACAAACUGGUCAAGAAAGGUGGUCCAAAUUUCAAUGCUGCCACUUUACAUUUAUUCGUAGAAAGAGCAGCAUCAGUAUUCACGAUAAACAUAAUAAAAGAUACCUUAAAUUUUAUGAAGUAAAAAAGUCGUUUUAUUCCUUUAUAAGUUCGACUGACCGUCUACUGUAAUUUUGUGCAGACUACAACCCGUUUCUGGAUAGCACUAAUGACCGGCACAGUCAUCGCCGAUGUGCUUUCUCAUGUCCCUUCACUGCACCUCAAACCUACACUCAGAUUGAUCACAACGCGAUUAGCUACCGCUGUCGUAGUUGCGUGCAAGACAGUCUCUCCUUCUGGAGUACCUAUCUGGACUCUGAUCAUGCCCUUGUCUGAGCUAAUCUUAUCUUACGUUUCAGUCGACCACUUUUGCUCUAUGCUUGUGAAACCUGGCCUCUCCGUGUUGAGGAUGUUAGACGACUUUCGGUGUUUGAUCAUCGUUGUUUCCAAAGGAUUGCUGACAUCCAGUGGCAACGCCAUGUUAGUAAUGCAGAGGUCCGGCAUCGUGUGUUCGGGCACAGAGAUGAUAAUGCAAUCGAUGUCACCAUCUUGAAACACCUACUUCAGUGGCUUGGACAUGUUCUACGAAUGUCGUCCCAGAGAAUUACUUGUCAUACAUUAUUUGCUAACACUGGGACUGGUUGUGAAAAGCCGAGUGAUCAGCACAUAGCUUAGCGUCAUAUUAUGAAAAAAAGCUGUACAGGACUUGCUUCUGUUGGACCUUCACGACUCCCUGGUUGGGGUCCUGGAGACAGUGAAACACAGUGGCUUCAGAUGUUAUCAAAAACGGCUCAGAGUAGAAGCCAGUGGCGAUCCUGCUGUGACUCCACUUUCUUCACAAAAGUAAACGUGAUUUCUUUGACUAGAAAUUCUUUCUUGUAUUUUUUUCUCUAAAUGAAUUGUUCAUCACAUUAUUAUCAUUAUUACUAUCACUAGUAUAGUUACUAUUACUAUUGUUAUUUCACUCUCAUUCACCAAUUUCUGUUCGUUGUUGCUUUUCCUUUAUAAUACUAACCCUUCAUUCUCUAGUUCUUCACAACCUUAUUAUUAUCGUGUGGCGCAUAUGUAUUUAGUGCCCCUUUGUACUAACUUUUAUGUGUCCAAAUAAAUAAAUUAUAAGAUGAAAAUGCUUAGCCUUCAUAAGUUAUUUGUAUCAAUGUUUCAAAAUAUAAACACGAUACUUAGUCAACAUUAGGACAUGAACAAUUGAGAAAUAAAUUGUAAAUAAACAUAUCUCAGUAGAAAGUAAACUUAAAGACAGUAAUGGUACACUUGUAGUAUGUACUAAUUAAUCCAAAAAGAUAUUUACAACCUUUUAUACUUAUGAAGAAAAAACACCGAAUCCAAU